AUGUCCAGGCCAAAGAACUGGCCUGAUGGCUUCCCUUACCUCCAUGCUCCGCUCCACGACAAGAGCUUGAGCCCGGCCCAUAUCCAGGCUCUCCGCACCAAGCCUUCAAGCGACAUCCCGGUUAUCCCAUCCUCCUCUACUGCAACCCCCUGUCCUCUUGUCAGAAUCCAACCCAUCGCCAACCCUUCUCACCCAGCCAACGGCCAGAGCGGUCUCUUUGCAGCACAGAAUCUAGCACCGGGGAGCUUCAUCCUCGCAUACCUUGGACGCGUGCACUCUGGCGCCGCCUCUUCAACGGAGAGUGACUACGAUCUAUGGCUGGACCGUGAAGCGGAUGCCGCGGUGGACGCUGCACGUGAGGGCAACGAAGGGCGCUACGUGAACGAUUAUCGAGGCGUGGGUGAAAGGGCGAAUGCCGAGUUUCGCACGGUAUGGUGUGAACGCUGGGGAGAGCUCUGUGUUGGAGUUUGGGUUCUUGGGAGUGGGAAGAAGAAGAAGGGGGCCGGGGGUAUUCGAAAGGGAGAAGAGAUCCUGGUCAGUUAUGGGAAAGGAUUUUGGGGAGAAAGAAGGGCAGAGGAGUAUGAGUAUGAGAAUUAUGAGCAAUAUGAGCAACACGGUGAGGGAAAGGCAGAUGAGGAGGCCAAAGUCGAUGGGAAUGAAGAGUCAGCAUCGUGA